UUCCCAGUGUGAUUCCUGCUCCACCGUUGUUUGCUCUGCUUGGCUCAGGAUGUGAGUGUUCAGUUGUGGAUGGGAUAUCCCUCUGGUCGCGGUGGCUGCCAUGUCUGCCGCUGCAUAUGCUGAUGGCGGAGAGUCGCCCCGGGCACCGAUGUUCCCGCGAUUAGGGGAGGGCAACACGGCAACUGGGGCUCAAGAUUCACAAUCUUCCGCUUUCCCUCGACUUGUGGACGAUGCUGACCAGGGUGCCAGCUCGGUGCCCGGGGAAGACGGUGUGCUGCUUCGGAUACGCCAGCGCCGAUCUGGAGCGCGUCAGGAUACUUUUGAGGUUUUUGCAGCACCCGACGGCAAUACCGAGAUCCCCUUAGCUGUCAGUGCGACAACGGUGGGCUCUCGUGUGCCUCGAGCGGCGCUGCAACAGAGUCCAUGGCUCGCGCGCUGCGUGAACGGCCCUGACGGUGCAACUGUGGUAUGUCCGUUGGCGUGCGAUGAUGCAGGCGAGGAGGAGGAGAUGGAGGCGUUUAUGGGCGGUGAAGACAGGCAGUCGGCCACCACGGAUGCGGCGGUGUUCUGCACGAAGGUCUCGGAGGCAGUUUUGGAGCUCGGGGUGCCCUCCCGCGGGGCCGGCCAGAACCUGCUCAAUUCGAGGGGCCUCUUCCAGUGCCUGGACCUGUGCGGGCGGGGGGCCAGUGGCGUGACCACCACGAGCCUCGAGAUCACACACCUUUUGGCGCUCUUCCUGUGGGCCGCGGUGCUCGAGCUGCACGACCUCGUGGGCGUCUUUCGCGAGGCAGUCGCGCAGCGCGUGGGCAUCGACGCGGUCUCGCUGGUCCUUGCCGCGUCUCAUGCCGCGGCGGACAAGGAGCUAAUGCGGGACUGCUACUGGUGCCUGCGAGAGGCCAUCUGCGGCGCGGCCGGAGUGCCGACCUCGUGGCUGGAUGGCCGGAGCACGGUGAGGCUCGUGAGGGGCGUGCUGUUGCACGUGGGGGUUUGCAAGACACCCAUGCGGGUGCUGUCGCAUGUGCUGGACGAGGACAUGUCUGCCAAGAAAGCCAGGUGGUCUACGCCUGGUGACUGCUACACUUUGUGCAAGGUGCACCGGCGGAGAGGCGAGGACGGUGCCUACCCGCACAUCUACGAGGUGCGCCUCGACCACUCCGACGAGCUCAUCAUGAUCGCCUCGAGGGAAGACGAGCAGAGCCCGUGCCAGUUCUUUGCAGUGGGGCCCAGUGGCCUGGCCCAGGCGUCGUUGUCGGAGCACUGCCAGGAGUACCUCGGCUGCAUUGUCCCAAACUUCUGGGGGACCACGUUCCUGCUCUACGACAGCGGCUCGGACGUCGCCGCUCUGCUGAAGGGCGUGCCCGCGGCUCGAGGCUUGCCCGUCCGGCAGCGGGCUCAGCUCUGCAGGAUUGGCUACGAGACGAACAUCCUCGGCGACGUUCCCCGGAGGGUCACCGUGGACUUCGAGCGCGGCGGCCAGGGAUACCAGAUGACGAACAUGGCUCCGCGCUGGGACAAGAAGCUGAACUCCUACGCGCUGCCCUUCUUCGGUCGCGUGAAGAAGGCGAGCGCCAAGAACUUCCAGCUGGUCGUCAACGACGACCCGAACACGAUCUACCUGAUGUUCGGGAAGAUAUCGAAAGAUGUCUUCUGCCUGGACUUCAGGGGCCCCCUCUCCGCGCUCGACGCGAUCGCGAUCGCCUCCGCUGCGCUGGCCAAGAAGCGCGCCGUGAGCUGAGAUAAGCUGGUGGUCCGCCUGUAGCAGCAUUGGCGCUCGGAUUUCAAAUUCUUGUGAAAGGAAAUGCGCGUCGGACGUCGCGACUUUUUCGUGACGACCCCGCUGGGCUCUCGACCCCUUCCCAGGAGCUGGCUUUUCAUCCCGAGUUGUUUUCUGACGAGCC